GUGAGCUGGUGGCAGCAGCCACCCAGAGAGGGACACAGGGCGAGCGGGUGGUGGCAGGGGCCUGUGUUCCCUUUGAGCAGCGGCGGUUGGUGGCGUGUGGGUGCCGGAGGAGGCCUGGUGGUCCGCGCCCGCCAUGGUCCCCUGCUGGAAUCAUGGCAACAUCACCCGCUCCAAGGCCGAGGAGUUGCUGUCACGGACAGGCAAGGAUGGCAGCUUCCUCGUGCGCGCCAGUGAGUCCAUCUCCCGAGCCUACGCCCUCUGCGUGCUGUACCGGAACUGUGUGUACACAUACCGCAUCCUGCCCAACGAGGAUGACAAGUUCACCGUGCAGGCAUCUGAAGGCGUGCCCAUGCGGCUCUUCACCAAGCUGGACCAGCUCAUAGAGUUCUACCGGAAGGAGAACAUGGGCCUGGUGACUCACCUGCAGUACCCGGUCCCGCUGGAGGAGGAAGAUGUGGCAGAUGAGCCUGAGGAGGACACAGGGUCUGUGAGGAGAGAGAAGGAGAGGAAGUACAGAGAGGGGCUGGACGAGAGCUCAUCAGAGGGUGUCCUAUCACCACCUGAGCUGCCACCCAGGAACAUCCCACUAUCCACCGUGCCCUGUGAGGCCAAGGAUUCGCCGUCAGUGUCCAGUGAGAGCCCCCGAGCCACCGAGGCCAGCCGGCCAAGCUUGUCCGAGACACUGCUCCAGCGCCUACAGAACAUGGACACCAGCGGGCUCCCAGAGGAGCACCUCAGAGCCAUCCAGGACUAUGUGAGCACCCAGCUGGCCCUGGACUCUGACUUCGCAAGGACGGGCUCCAGCGGGCUCCCUCACCUGCGGAAGCUCACCGUGCUCCUCUGUAGGGAGCUCUAUGGAGAGGUCAUCCGGACCCUCCCCUCCUUGGAGUCUCUGCAGCGGUUAUUUGACCAGCAGCUGUCUCCUGGCCUUCGGUCUCGGCCUCAGGUGUCUGCUGAGGUCAGUCCCCUCAACAUGGUGGCCAAGCUCAGCCAGCUGACCAGCCUCCUGUCAUCCAUUGAAGACAAGGUCAAGGCUUUGCUGCAUGAGGGGCCCGAGUCCUCCCACCGACGCUCCCUCAUCCCUCCAGUCACCUUUGAGGUGAAGGCAGAGUCUCUGGGGAUUCCUCAGAAGCUGCAGCUCAAGGUCGAUGUGGAGUCUGGGAAGCUCAUCAUCCGGAAGUCCAAGGACGGGUCCGAGGACAAGUUCUAUAACCACAAGAAGAUCCUGCAGCUCAUCAAGUCUCAGAAGUUCCUCAACAAGCUGGUGAUUUUGGUGGAGACGGAGAAAGAGAAGACGCUCCGGAAGGAAUACGUGUUUGCUGACUCCAAGAAGCGUGAGGGUUUCUGUCAGCUGCUGCAGCAGAUGAAGAACAAGCACUCGGAGCAGCCUGAGCCCGACAUGAUCACCAUCUUCGUUGGUACCUGGAACAUGGGUAACGCCCCCCCUCCCAAGAAGAUCACGUCCUGGUUUCUCUCCAAGGGGCAGGGCAAGACGAGAGACGACUCUGCCGACUACAUCCCCCAUGACAUCUACGUCAUCGGCACCCAGGAGGACCCCCUGGGGGAGAAGGAGUGGCUGGAGACCCUCAGGCAGUCCCUGCAGGAGAUCACCAGCAUGACUUUCAAAACGGUGGCCAUCCACACCCUCUGGAACAUCCGCAUUGUGGUGCUGGCCAAGCCAGAGCACGAGAACCGCAUCAGCCAUAUCUGCACAGACAACGUGAAGACCGGCAUUGCUAACACGCUGGGGAACAAGGGUGCCGUGGGGGUGUCCUUCAUGUUCAAUGGCACCUCCCUGGGAUUUGUCAAUAGCCACCUGACCUCGGGGAGCGAGAAGAAGCUCAGGCGAAACCAGAACUACAUGAACAUCCUCCGCUUUCUGGCUCUGGGAGACAAGAAGCUGAGUCCUUUCAACAUCACCCACCGCUUCACCCACCUCUUCUGGCUAGGGGACCUCAACUACCGUGUGGACCUGCCCACCUCGGAGGCAGAAGCCAUCAUCCACAAGAUUCGGCAGCAGCAGUACUCGGAGUUGCUGUGCCACGACCAGCUGCUCAUGGAGAGGAAGGAGCAGAAGGUCUUCCUGCACUUCGAGGAGGAGGAGAUCACCUUCGCACCCACCUACCGCUUUGAAAGGCUGACGCGGGACAAGUACGCCUACACGAAGCAGAAAGCCACUGGGAUGAAGUACAACCUGCCUUCCUGGUGUGACCGGGUGCUCUGGAAAUCCUACCCACUGGUCCAUGUCGUGUGUCAGUCCUACGGCAGCACCAGCGACAUUAUGACCAGCGACCAUAGCCCUGUCUUUGCCACAUUUGAGGCGGGUGUCACCUCCCAGUUUGUCUCCAAGAACGGCCCCGGGGCUGCUGACAGACAAGGGCAGGUGGAGUUCCUGCGCUGCUACGCCACCCUCAAGACCAAGUCCCAGACCAAGUUCUACCUGGAGUUCCACUCAAGUUGCCUGGAGAGUUUUGUCAAGAGCCAGGAAGGAGAGAAUGAAGAAGGAAGUGAAGGCGAGCUGCUGGUGAAGUUUGGGGAGACCCUCCCCAAGCUGAAACCCAUCAUCUCUGACCCCGAGUACCUGCUGGACCAGCACAUUCUCAUCAGCAUCAAGUCCUCCGACAGUGAUGAGUCCUAUGGUGAGGGCUGCAUUGCUCUGCGCUUGGAGGCAACGGAGACCCCGCUCCCCAUCUACACGCCUCUCACACACCACGGAGAGAUGACCGGCCACUUCCGUGGGGAGAUUAAGCUGCAGACCUCCCAGGGCAAGAUGAGAGAGAAGCUCUAUGACUUUGUGAAGACUGAGCGGGACGAGUCCUGUGGACCCAAGUCCCUGAAGAGUCUCACCAGCCAUGACCCCAUGAAGCAGUGGGAGCCCACCAGCAGGGCCCCUGCUGGUGGCGGCUGUGCCCUGACUGAAAUCAUCAACCCCAAUUACAUGGGUGUGGGGCCCUUCGGGCACAUGAAGCAGACCCUGUCCCCUGACCUGCAGCCCACAGCCUGGAGCUACGACCCCCCACUCAAGGAGUCCUCCCUGGGACCCGGGAGGGGUGAGAGCCCCCCAACACCUCCCUCCCAGCCGCCCAUCUCACCCAAAAAGUUUUUGUGCUCAGUGACACCCCGGGGCCCCAGCUCCAGGACCCAGGAGGCAAGGUCCUGCGAAGUGGGCAAGACCCCAGGGGACCCCCCGCCUCCCGAGGAGCCUCCGCUGACAAAGCCCGAAAUGUUUGAGAACCCGCUAUACGGGUGCAUGAGUUCCUUCCCCAAGCCGGCCCCCCGCAAAGAUCAGGAGUCCCCCAAAAUGCUGCGGAAGGAGCCCCUGCCCUGCCCGGACCCGGGGCUGGUGUCCCCCAGCAUCUUGCUGUCCAAACCUCCGCCUGAGGCCGACAAGGGGUCGGGCAAGCCCUUCCUCAGCCCCACGCCCCGCCUGCGCUCCUUCACCUGCUCCAGCUCCGAAGCACAGCCCGCGGGGGGCAACAAGGCACAGGCCAAGCCUCGGGCCUCUGCGGCGGGCACCCCCGCACCCGUGCCCAGCAAGCGGCCGGUCAAGCCUUCCCGGUCGGAACUGAGCCAGCCGGGCCAGCCCGCGCCCUCGCCCUUGCCCUCCACGCGGCCGCCGCUGCCCGUGAAGAGCCCCGCGGUGCUGCACCUGCAACACGCCAAGGGCCGAGACUACAGGGACAGCUCGGAGCUCCCGCACCACGGCAAGCUGAGGCCUGAGGACACCCCUCUCGGCAGGGCGGCCAUGCAGUGAUGCCCCUGGAGGACUGCGCAGAGGAGCAGCAGCAGAACUCCACUCAGACCCUCUCCCAGGCCCUGGCUCCUCCCCAGCUGUCUGCAGGCCUCCGUCUUCCCAGGAGAGGGCCUGGCUUCUGUGUGCUCAGCAGAGUGUGCCAGCCACCCCACACAGCACCCAGUGCUGAGAUGGGCAGGAAAAGGCCCUGAGAUGGACCACUGAUGGCUCACGCCCCCCAGCUGCCCCCUCCAUGCACACACUUUUUAACCUUGGUACUUGGUACCCAAGAGCCUUCUUCUGGCCACCACCUGGAAGGAAAGCACCAAGGUGUCAUUCUUGGGUGGAGCUAUUAUUAAUAAUAAUAAUGAUAAUGUUAAUAAUAAUAAGGACCGCACUGACCCUGUAGACCUUGUGUGUGCCAGCUACUGUGCACGCCUAGUGCUUUACAAACUUCAGGGCACCACAUCAUCUUUAAUAGACCGAAACCACGUUCCCAGACCCCCAGUUCCAAGCAGGAUGUCCUGGGUGGUUUGGACCAAGCAUUAAUGAGGCCUGAUGGGCAGGACCCACCUCUCGGAGCUGAAGAGUGAGUGAGGUACCUGGCCACAGUCAGGCUGCCUUCUGGGUGGUACCAGCUGCUUUUGCUUAAGCUCAGGACUUCCAGUGGGACCCAGCCCAGGGGGCACAGAUAUUCUGGACUCUUAUCUUCACUUGAGAAGAGCUGGCAAAAUGGCUUCUAAUUGGAGAAUCCCAAGUCAGCCCAAGCUAGACAUGCCCCACCCCAGGCCAGGUUCCCCCUGGUUCCUUCUGGGGGUGGACAGCCUGACCCCCCCCCCCCAGUGCCUCUAUGUGCUACUAAAAGAUCUUACUGUUGCCCUUCUCCCUCAAAACACGCCUUCCCGCCUGGUUGUUAGAGAUAACAAAACAGGGCAGUCUUUUCGGGGACCCUGCCAACCCAUGGCUCCCAAUGCCUUUUCCUGCACUGCUUUUUGACGUUGGUAGGAGAUCAGCUCUGAGCUGGGAGAGCAGGAGGGGGUACGCCUGUACCCACCUGUGUGUCGUCUCAACAAUAAAGUGUCUUUCUUGCUUGGUUUC